AUGACCGCCAAGUCAACAAAGUCCGCCGACCGUUUAAGCACGUUUGACCCAGCAGGGACCGUCUUCUCGGAGUUCACCGCUCUCGCCAUCAAGCAUAAUGCUGUUAACCUGGGGCAGGGAUUCCCUACAUUCCCGGUUCCCGAGUUCAUUACGAAGGCGGCCACAAACGCCGUGCAGCAACAUGGUCUUUUGCACCAGUAUACGAGGAGUGAGGGACACGUGAGGUUGGCGAACGCACUUUCGACCUACUUCGAGGACAAGCUCGACCGCAAACUGGACCCUCUCAGGGAGAUUGUGACUACCGUUGGUGCAUCGGAAGCGAUCUACAGUACCAUGCAAGCGUUCAUCAACCCCGGGGACGAAGUCAUCCUCAUGCAGCCAUUCUACGACUGCUACAUGGCGGCGGUCACAUUGGCGGGAGGCGUUCCCGUGAUGGUGAGCCUGCGGCCGCCUAUGGAUGGACCGGCUGUGACAUCGGACGAUUGGAAGUUUGAUGUUGAGGAGAUCCGGAGGGCAAUUAAGCCGGGCAAGACGAAGAUGAUAAUGGUGAACAAUCCUCAUAACCCCAUUGGCAAGGUGUUCACACGAAAAGAGUUGGAGGCGAUCGCCGCGAUUGCCAAGGAGUUUGAUCUGCUGGUCCUGGCUGAUGAAGUAUACGAGACACUCGUCUACCCCGAUUCCGUCUCGCCUUUCAUCAAGUUUGCGAGUUUACCGGGGAUGUUUGAAAGGACGAUCACAGUUGGAAGCAUAGGCAAGAUGUUCGGAGUAACGGGUUGGAAGAUCGGGUGGGCAUUGGGGCCACCCGAGAUUGUCCGCGCUAUCUGGCUGGUGCAUCAGUACAUCCCAUUCACCGUCGUCACGCCGCUACAGGAAGCGACGGCCGUCUGCCUGGAGCAAACGCUGACAAACGGGUACUUCGAGCGCACAAUCCAAGAAUACCAGGCGUGUCGCGACAAACUCCACGCCGCUCUACAGUCCGUAGGCCUCACACCCACGCUCCCACACGGCGGAUACUUCAUCUUAGCCGACACCACCAGCAUCCCCGAUCCCGCUCAAACAGGAACCGAUUCCACAUUAACCGCAGAAGAAGUCGCCGACCCACGCCGCGACUUCCGCCUGUGCAAGUGGUUCACAAAAGCUGUCGGCGUGACGCCCAUCCCGCCAUCGGCAUUCUAUCAUCCGUCGGAUAUGGACACGCGGGUGAGCGUUGCGGGCAAUCUGGCGAGGUUCGCGUUUUGUAAGAGUGAGGAGACUUUGGAUGCCGCGGAUGCGAAGCUGAAGGCGUAUUUUGGCAAGAGUGAUGCUUGA